AUCUUUGUACUUGCUCAAAGGUGUUUCAGGUGAAGCCGUAUGCUUGACCCUAUGUAUCUGGGCCAAUAUGUCGUACAGAGGUCUGCUGAGUGUCAUUUUCAAAGGCAAUAGAAGCACGUCUAGCAUGUUUCUGCGCGGACUUAUGCUCUUUUGGAUGUUUUGGGUAAGGCAGGCAGCUGUUUAUGAAGUUUUAUGCGCUGCUGUUGUCUGCUGCAGAUCAGAUCUUCCCAAGUACAGUUUGGCUGAUAUGAGCUAUGUUCCUGCAUACAGAAGGUUUGGAUUUCAAGCAUCAGAAAAACGCGAACCAAAAGAAGCCGAUCCCCGAUUUAUAAGAGGAGAAAAUGUACGGAAAGUAUCAAGAAAGUUAUGGCCAGUAAGGAAAAAUAUGUCGCUACAGGAAAGACUAUCGAAGCUCGGCCCAAAGAAGGGUGGUGAGAUCCCGCCUAAUAACGGCAGUGGCGCACCUUUGCUCCUACCGCGGUCCGGCUCAGCGAAUGAAACACAAAAUACCACGGAUGUCCCUGACGUGAACUCCACAACUACAGAGUACGUGAGCUCUUACAAGGCGCUAGGACAUUAUGGACCGAACCAACUGCCCGACACUGGCUGUGGAUACUACGAGAUGUCUUACGACGGGGGCUGCUACUACGUCUCUAAGGAAGUGGCUCCCGGCUACCGCGCUGGCAUUGUUUGUGCCAAAGAGGCUCCUGGCGGCGAGUGGGCGAAAAUUGACCACUUUCAGCUGCAGAGAGAGAGCUUUUACUUCGCACAUUGGUUAAACAUAAAUAGUGGCAAGACCCCUGACCAAUAUUACUACAAUGUUUACAUUGAUAUCGAUAACAGAGAGUUAAACUGGUAUCAUCCAGAGUCGGAAAAAGCAUUUUGGCUGAAACAGUUUCUCUGUCGCGACGGCUCCUGCCGUUGCACCGUGCUAAACUGGCUGUACGGACAUUGGCACAGUCGAAUGUGCAACACUCGCCACCACAUCUAUUGUGUGCGCCCACAGAAGAUGCCCCAUGACCAUCACGAAAAGGUGCGCGUCUCGACAGAGUCGUCCUUGGUGGCUGUGUUCCAGCAGGCCAGUGCUGGGACGCCCGCGGCCACGCUCGGCGCGACAUUUGUGACGCUGCUGUCCAUCCAGCUGGUGUUGGUGUUUGCUUUUCGUUCGUGAAACACUUGCUGACAAGUAGGUGCGAUUUGCGGCUUCUGUCAGUGCUGGUUUAGCUGUGUCGGUAUUUUACCUUUUCUAAGUCUCAAGAAGCGGAUUACUAGCUAAUUAAUACGUCCGUCUAUCGUCGUUACCUCGUUGUGUUGUGCUCUCAUUCGCUGUGGUAACUGGUGCCUUUUACGUGCUCAAUACCUUUAUUUUGUUAGUAUCAGUUCGAUUUGAUGCGUUAUAAAGUGGACAUUCACCUGC